AUGAUAUCGUGAAAAUAUUUUAACCUUUGUCAUUUCGAUUUGACGAGAAACGUGCCAUGUUUCGUAACAAAUACCAGCAAGGACUUUUGUCCAUUUUGUACAGCUGCGGUGCGACCCCCUUGGAAUUAUGGGACAUGCACGUAAAAAAUGGUUACAUUCGAAGGGUCACAGACGAAGAAGUAAAAUCAUUGGCUCUAGAGAUAGCUGGUACAAAUGUCACCACAACCUACAUAUUCUGUCCAAAGGAGGCGAAACAGGUUCUUGGUAUCAAGCUUCCUUUUCUUAUCAUGAUCAUCAAGAAUAUGAAGAAAUACUUCACGUUCGAGAUUACAAUAUUGGACGACAAAAACAUGCACAGAAGGUUCCGAAUGAGUAAUUUUCAAAGCACCACUCGAGUUCGACCCUUCUGCACAUCGAUGCCGAUCGGUUUGUCCGGAGGGUGGAAUCAGGUUCAAUUUAAUCUGUCAGACUUCACACGAAGAGCGUACGGCACUAAUUACAUUGAGACCACACGCGUACAAAUACACGCAAACUGCAGGAUCCGACGUAUUUACUUUGCGGACAGACUUUAUUCGGAAGACGAGUUGCCGGAAGAUUUUAGGCUUUUCUUGCCUAUUCAUCGGAAGAAAUGUGUCCGCGAAAAGAAGGUGGAGAAACCGAAGGACAAAGAUCUAGAAAAAGUAGAAGUUGUGGAACCACCAGCUUUCGAAACGGCUGGCAUGCCUGAAGAUGAUGAAGAAGGUGAGAAAGGUUUGCCAGAAGAAUCGGAAGCCGAAUCCGAAGAUGUUCCCUCGGAACAGGAACAGAAGAAAGAUCAACCCGAAGAGAAAGACGAUGAAGACGAAGAGGAGGACGAAGGUGAAGCUUUGGGAGCAGAUGAUUACGAAGGUGAAGAUGAAGAACCUGCCGAAGAUGAUAUCGAAAUACAUGCAACUGCUGAUUUAACUUCUCCCGAAGAUGCCUCAGAAGAGGAAUCCGAAGAAGAGUAUGAAAUUCGACAGCAGAUGUGAUUUUGUAUAAUUACGAUCUUCGCGUAGCGUAAAAUAAUGAUUAAAUAAAUUUUCUUGUAAAAGAAUUGAAGCUUAAUGAACUUAAAAUGAAAUUUAUUCAAAAUAUUCAUUAUUAUUCAGCGUCUAUUAUGAUCAGAAAAAGUACUAUGUACAAAACAUAUUAAUUGAAACAUAAAAACGUAUUAAUUACGUAUACUUUAUACAACACUUUCUAUUACGAAAUAUAACAAUCGUUUGAAAUUUAAUUGUAAUUAUAGGUGCUGAUAUUUCAAAUUAUUAAGCACCAUUGGAAGGUAUAAAUUAAAGAGGUCGUUCGACGUUUUUUUCAUACAAUAAAAGCAUAAAAUAAAA